UAUAUCAAUCUUCACAAUGCUUCCAAAUUUGCUCUUCAUUUGUAUACUUUCCUCCAUUUUCACUCAUUCCCAUAGCCAAUGCCUUCCCAAUCAGCAAACCAUUUUGCUUCAACUCAAAAAGGAGUUGAUAUUCAAUUCCACCAUUUCAACAAAACUGGUGCAAUGGAACCAAAGCGACGAGUGGCACGGUGUGGAAUGCGAUGCAGCAGGCAACGUCGUGAGCCUGCAGCUCGACCAUGAGGCUAUCUCCGGUGGAAUGGAGGACUCAUCGAGUCUCUUCAAACUCGUGUAUCUCCAGAAGCUUAACCUCGCCUACAACGACUUCAGCAUCCUUCCCAUUCCAAAAGGUAUCCCCAAGCUCACCUACUUGACACACUUGAAUUUGUCAUAUGCUGGUUUCGAUGGCCAAGUUCCAUCCGAGAUUUUGUCGUUGGGGAGAUUGGUCAGCCUUGACAUGUCGAACGAGUACACCUCUUUAACGCUCGAGCACCCAAAUCUGGAGAUGCUUCUCCAGAAUCUAACUGGGCUUAGAGAGCUCUAUCUUGAUGGUGUAGGCAUUCUUUCGUCACAUGAAAAGACGAAAUGGAGCCACAUCAUUUCAUCUUAUGCACCCAACAUCACGCGUCUGAGCAUGCGUUUUUGCUUGCUCUCUGGCCCUCUGGCUAAGUCCUUCUGGAAACUGCGUUUCCUUUCUGUUCUUCGACUAGAUUCCAACGAUCUUUCCACAGUAGUUCCGGACUUGUUUGCCGGUUUUACGAGUUUAACCACCUUGAGCCUUAUUGGCUGCCAGUUGAAUAGCUCUUUUCAUAGUAAGCUGUUUCAGAUUCCUUCUCUGCAGAAUGUUGAUUUAUCUGAAAAUUCGCUUAGCGGAAGCAUAGGUCCAUUUCUUGGCACUGGAUCUUUCGAGUCACUAGUGUUAACUAGAAAUAACUUUUCCGGUUCGAUACCAAGUUCCAUUGGCAAUCUCGAGAAUCUGUCCAUGCUAGACUUGUCUUUUUGCCAAUUCUCCGGGACAAUCCCUUCCACCUUCGCUAACCUAACCAAACUAGUUCAUGUCGACUUGCAGUAUAAUCUCUUCACAGGUUCAAUUCCUACCGCGCUGUUUGAAGGUCUUUCCAAUCUUUCUUAUCUGCGGUUGAAUUCCAAUUCUUUCUCCGGUCACAUUCCCCACUCGCUCUUUGCUCUACCGUCGAUGAAAAGGCUUCAUCUCAAGAGUAACAAAUUUACUGGACUAGUUGAAGAGUUUCCCAUUGUAAAUGUUUCCAGCAUGGUUUUACUAGACUUGAGGGAUAAUCGGCUCGAAGGGCCUAUUCCCAGCUCUCUGUUCCAGCUUCAGAGCCUCGAGUUGUUGCUGCUUUCCGGAAACAUGUUCAAUGGAACUGUUCAACUAGACAAGAUUCGAGACCUUGCCAAUCUUACAAGCCUUGAUCUGUCUGGCAACAACUUGUUAGUAGAUGGUGGCGACGACAAUUCUAGUACGUAUGGACCUUCACGGAUACAAGACUUGUCGCUAGGUUCAUGUAACUUGCGUGUUAUCCCGGGAUUCUUGAAAGAUUCCGACAUAAGGAAUCUGGACCUCUCAGACAAUCGGAUUGUUGGAGGGAUCCCUAGUUGGAUUUGGGAGAAACAACUUAAGGGAUUGGAUUUGUCUCUCAAUCUUUUUACAGAUUUGGAAAAGCCUUACCAUAUCCCGGCUUCUCUCGAGAAACUAGACUUGCACUCGAACCAGCUUAAGGGCGACCUGCAGCGGUUCGUUCCACCUAACAUUACAUCGAAUCUUGAAACCUUGUUACUUGGAAACAAUAGUUUUAGUGGAACUAUUCCAACUUCCCUUUGCAAUGUCUCAUCCCUCUUUGCUAUCGACUUGUCUUCUAAUAACUUGAGUGGCAGUAUACCGCCCUGUCUAAUCGAAAACAUCCUUGAGUUGGAUCUAGGGCGAAACAGCCUCAGUGGUGGUAUCCCGGAUAAUUUCCCUACCACUUGCCUCCUAAACUAUCUCGAUCUUCACAACAACACUUUAGAAGGGAAAAUCCCGAGGUCCCUCAAAGGCUGUGAGUCGUUGGCGUUUUUGAAUAUCGGGAACAACAUGAUCAACGACACGUUCCCAUGCAUACUCCCGCCGAGCUUGCAUGUUCUUGUUUUGCACACCAAUAGAUUCCAUGGCGAAGUGAAGUGUCACAAGGACUGGCCAGAGCUUCAGAUUCUGGACAUAUCUUCAAAUAAUUUCAGCGGACGUCUGGAGUCGGUGAACUUCAGUAGCUGGAAGAGAAUGACAGAGUUGCAAGGCGACGACGAUACAAGCCUCUUCACAAGUGGUGUGAUCAUAACCAUGAAAGGCAUGCCUAGGGAGUAUGGUGGCAUUUUGUCAGACUUUGGCACUAUUGAUUUCUCUUCCAAUGAUUUUCAAGGACAAAUACCGGAUGCGGUUGGUGAUCUUAUCUCGCUUCACCAGCUUAACUUCUCCCACAAUGCGGUCUCUGGAAGCAUCCCAAAGUCGCUUGGUAAAAUGGGGAUGCUCGAAUCGCUUGACCUCUCUUACAACCGGCUAACAGGGCGGAUACCAGCAGAGAUCGGAGGGCUAACUUUCCUCGGAUUCUUGAAUCUCUCCUACAAUGAUCUGGGUGGGCAGAUCCCGAAUGGCCCUCAGUUGCAAAAUUUUCAAGCUGAUUCGUUCAGAGGGAAUCCGAAGCUGUGUGGUUUUAAUCUCAACGUAACAUGCAUUCGCAGCGAUAACAAUGAUUCAUCUGAGCAUGAAAAUGUGGAAGAUAAGAGGGAGGUUGAGUGGAAAUAUGUAUUUGCUGCGCUUGGAUUCGUUGUGGGCGUAGGAAUCGUUGUCUGGCUACUUUUGUUUUGUCGAAGAUUCAGAGAGAAAUACUUCAACAAAAUAGAUGAUAUUGUUGAUGGUGUGUUUGAAGCCAUAAACAAGAGAAGACAUGUCAAGACAUAGUUUACUAGCAAUUUUUGUGUGUUUUUGUAUGACUGAAAAGAGUUUUUAAGCUAUAUGUUCUUGGAGUAUGCAGUCUUCAAUCAAACUAUUCAAUUCCCCAUACUUUCUUUCCUAUA